UCCUGUGACUUCAGCUCCCAUCAGCAUGGACUCUGGGGAGUUCUAAAGCAGUGUAGACAUGUCCAAACCUGGACAAGAUGCGCGCUUACAGGAAGACUUCUCACCUUCACAGCUAGGGACGAAAGAGUAUUGGGAUGAUGCUUACCAGAGAGAGCUGGAUACCUUCAGAGACAUUGGGGAUGUUGGUGAGAUAUGGUUUGGCGAGGAGAGCAUGGCUCGUGUGCUCAGGUGGCUGGACAAGAAGAGCAUCCCCACAGAUUCUGCUGUGCUGGACAUCGGAACCGGGAACGGGCUCUUCCUCAUCAGACUGGCUGAACAUGGAUUCACGAAUCUCACAGGGAUAGAUUAUUCUGCAGCUUCCGUAGAGCUUGCAAAGUGCAUACUGGAGAAAGAAGGCCUAUCUGGUAUAAGGGUUAAGGAGAUGGACUUCCUCAGCUGUCCGGAUGAGUUCAGCGGUUUCAACUUGUGCAUCGACAAGGGCACAUUUGAUGCCAUCACCCUGAAUGCAGAUGGCGCAGCAGACUGCGAGGCACGUUACACAACCGCUCUACGAGGUGCUCUUCGAGUCGGGGGACUCUUUGUCAUCACCUCAUGCAACUGGACCAAGGAGCAGCUGUUGAACAUAUUCAGCCAUGGGUUCAGGUUCCAUGAAGAGCUGCCAACACCCCGCUUCCAGUUUGGUGGCAAGACAGGCAACGCUGUCACUGUGCUCAUCUUCGAGCGAAUCCCUUGAGUUCCGCCUUCAUGAAUAAGCUUGUUUUAUUUUCCUUUUUUUUACGAAUGUGAGGGAAGAUAGCACUGUCAUUUUUUUGUGUUGGGAAAAAAUUGAAAAGUGUAUGUUCUGAUGUUUUUGGGAAUCAAGACAGUAGGUGGGGUUGUUGACUAGCCUGCAAAUUUCAAAUUUUUCUGAAGACUGGAAUGUAUUUACUGUAGGUUUCUGCCAGAACAUGUAUAGGUGUAUUUCUUUACUGUAAAAUAAAUCAAAGGAAAAAAUUACUGUAGAGAUGCUGGGUGAUUGUGUUAAAUAACAUUUCACUGUUGUAAAUAUAAUUACAAGAGGGAAAAACCUUAUUUAUUUGCAUUAAUGUCAGUAAGGUCUUUAACCUUUUUAAUACACGCAUCAACUUAUUUCACAAACUGCUUCUGUAUAAUACUCUAUUUUGUAUGGAAAAUGUGUAUUUAUAUAGCUAUUGACUAUCUCUUCAACACUUCACAUGUAGUAUUUAAUAAUGCAUUAUGUUUUAACAGCAGUCUCUAAACAUCUCUGCACCAUAGAUCCAUUUAGGGUACAUGCUGUUCAUAACCCUUGAAGUGCACAGUAAUUUGGAACAUUGGUUUACUAAGGUAAGGCUCUCCUGGGUAGCAAUCUAGAUUUGAGAGUUUGCUUCUUUAUACUGUUUACAUGAAGCACCCACAUCAUCUCAACUAAUGGAGAAGUAGAUUUGUGUAGUGCAGUUUGAGACAUGUAUGAUAGAAAAAUUGCCUGACUGUACAAAAAGGAUGUAUGCCUUAAAUUUGUCAUAAAAUGUCAAACACCUCAAAAAAAGCAAUGAUCAUAUCAAUGAUCUCAUAUUCAUAACUGCUUUGGUAAAAAUGGGUGUUUCUUGGUUCCACCCAUACUUAGAUGCUGAAAUAAAUGAUGUAGUAAAUAACAUUUAUAACAAUGUAUACUUGAUUUAUAUCCCUUUUUUUAUAACUUAAAGUAUGAAAUGCCAAAAUUUACAACUACACCAGACUGUGACUGAAAUAUUGAAUUGAUAUUUGGUUAUUUAUAUUGUUACAAGGCUGAGUAUUUAGUUCCUCUUUCUCUAGGUUGCAAAACUGUAAAUGCAGAACUCAAUUUUUGGUUUCAAGGGCGAUACAUCAAAUAUUUAUAUUUUUCUUUCUGUAUCCAAGGAAACUGUCAGUGAUGUCUUAAUACAAUUUUCGCCUACUGAUUAAAUUACUUAGGCAAGUAGCCAUGUGGUUUUCCAGGCUGGGAAGUGGUGUGGAAAUGGGGAAAAUUCCUCUCAGCCACAUUUCAGCCACUCAUGAAGUUUUGAAA